GACUCUGUGAAAGUCAGUGCGGUCAAGAAGGCGUCCACUCCUGGUGGGCUGAUGGAUACGAUCGGCUUCGCCUUCGAGGUCACCGGCCUGCAGCACACUCAGUGGGCGGCUGCCGCGACAGACACGGCACUGCAGACGGCACUGUCAGCCGGGCGGGCCGUCGUGGAUUCAGUGGUGGCCUCAUCCCAGUGGGCGGAGAUUGUUCGUCCGACAGACCCCAUAGACCCCGGCAAGAACAUGCUGACCUACUUGCAGCGAAUCGCAGGUAUGCAGGCGGGGAGGCGGGCGGGGCAAGGGAAGUGGGUGCGUGCUAAUCCUUGCCUUUCCCUUCUCUUCCUAUGUUGCGUGCUAAUCCUUGCCUUUCCCUUCUCUUCCUAUGUGUGACAGAGUCUGUGAACACUGAGCAGCAAGCUGCUCGCGAUGCGGCUGCUCCUCAUGCACCAACCCGACCCGACCGACCCGCCCUUCUCCCCACCGCGGUGAUUUUCAUCCGGUCGGUCAUGGGAGCAGAUAUACGAAGGCGUGACUUUUCUCGCCCGUCGACCGAAGAGCAGUUCGCCUUGCGGCAGCUGAGGACGGCAACCGAGGCCACCUGUGGCGCCGGCGGGGAGCGUGUGGGACUCAAAAUGGCUACCCACGAUGCAUUCGGCUCGGCCAACUUGCCCGUCGUGUGGGCUGGCGCAGUGGGCUUCGAGGAGCUGACAGAGGCGUGCAUGAGCAUGUUUGCCAUCCUGCUGGGCGGCCUGUCGAAGUUCCAGCGGCGCGCCAUUACGAGCGUAGCCAAUUGUUGGGAAGAUGCUCUUCAAGAUGCCUUCGAAGGGUCCGCAGCAGCAGACAGUGGUCUUCUCGCACUCCCAGACACUCCCAGCAAGGUGAACCGACAGACGUGCUGCGCAUCGGCUGACCCACUCAUCCUUCCCUUGUGUGUCGUUCUGUCUGAUCUGACCAGUCUGGCGCUGCUGUGUUCACAGGCGUCUCAUCGUCCUCGUCGUCGGCCGCCCCGCCCCCCAUCUCACCCCUCCCGCCCUCAUCCCUCGGCCUUCCAGGCUGGAUGUCGCCAGACACCUCACGUCCAUCAUCGUCCGGCGUACCUCAGCCACGCCUCAGCGGGUCAGCUGGGUCGGCGUCCCACCGGCCGCUGUCGUUUGAGGAGGACGUGCAGCGGGCGACCAACGUGGCCGGGAUCCUGGUGCGGCUUCUCCGCCUCGUUGCGGCCGCCAUGCCAGGCCAGGGAAGAAGCUUUGACGGCCUCGCAGUCUGCAAGAAGCGAUCAGCCGGCGGCCGUCCUGUCGACACCAUCGGCUUCGACUUUCGCGACGAUGCUGGCGUGACCUUCUGGGCUCGGUCGCUGUCGGACGCCAGUGUGUGCCGGGCGCUGCAAGAUGCCUGUCUAUCGCGGGGCCUUGUCAUCGACAUCGCUCUCCGCCAGCCAGAGAUUGACUCCGGGUGGAUUGAUGGCGAUUCAGUUUGCCACGAUGUCACUGCCGAGGCCCCCGAUGAGGCCGCGCCUGACGUGGUCGUCUUUACCGCCCAGCGCACGGAUGUCGAUGGCACGCUGGUCGCCAUCGUCCCGGCCCACUAUCGGUCUCGGCCUCAAGUGUGGCGUGAUGGUGGUGCUGCAGAGCAAGCCGUCGCAACUGCCCGGAGGCUGGUGGACACGUGCCAUGAGCAGCAGGGAGGAGAGGAGAAGCCGCUGGUGGUGGUCCAAGAGGAUCCGGCGGGGCUGACGGCAGCGCAGUCCUCCAUCAAGGUUGGUUUUGCCGCGCACAUGCCCUCUGUGGGGGUGCUGAUGUCCAAGGACGCCGUCAAGCGGACCUGGGCGGCCUCUUUGGAAGCGUCGGAUGUGAAAGUGGCACUAGUCACGCUCACCUCUGCUGGGACAGGUACUCACGCAAGAGUACCAGUAAAUAGUUCGCCAUCCCUCUGGCUGCCACUGUGUCUUUGGUGCAUCUGUGUGCAGGUGCUGAGAGUGCGAGUGCCUCCACUUCGUCAUCCUCAUCGGCCGCCCCGCCCCCCAUCUCACCGCUGCUGCCCUCAGCACACGACGGCACCAUGGGCAAGAAGAACAAUACCAAGACCACCAUCCACGCGAGCAGCAACCAGCCACUCGAGACGAGAGCAGCGGAGGGCGUCGGGCGGCUGGCAGAUGGGGGCAUCACAGCGGGUCGGCGAGGCAGCGGGCGGCAGGGGCACUCUGCCGGCAAAUGGGUGUCGUCUGAGGCGAUGGAUGAAGAGACGGCCCGGUCACCGACGAGUGCACACAGGUGGGCGGUGGCCAGACAGCCGCGGAGAGGGCAGCAAUGCCAUGACCAUGGUUUCCUGCCGAGUCUCAGUCCUCUGGUUGACACCAUGGCAUCCUCAUCCUCAUCUGCUGCGCCCUUUCUGUAAGCCAUGCGCCACAGUGACAGUCAACAAAUAGAGUCAACAGAGGACUUGUCUUGGUGUUUUCGUUUGUCAGUGCGCCGGUCGCGGAUGCAUCUCCGUCUAACGCUGCUGGGGCGUCGACAAAUCUCAGACUGCCCAAAGGCAGCAACAGGGUACGCAAUUUGCGAGGAAUGAGACUCAGUAUAUAUGGGGAAUCGAUUCACAUGUCCUCUGUCCCUUGCGUUCUGUUUUUCAGGCAUCUGAGAAUGGUGUCAAUGCUUCUCAUUUGGAGCAAGUGGAGAGGCUGCUGGGGCCUCAAGGCCUUUCUCUGGCGAGCUACGACAUUAAAUGCGAGACGCCGGAGGCCACGAGUGCCUCUGCCUCUCGAGAGCUGCUGUGUCGGACCAUGUGCCGCAGCCUCACAGGUGACGAGGUCUUGCGGCUGUGUCGAGAGGAAGGAGCGGAUGCGACUACGACGCUUGAGACCAAAGGCCGCAGCCAGUGACGGUUUUGAACGGUGAAGGGGAGCCACUGAUCCACCACCUCCGGCCAGCCCCUGUGAGCGUGCUGUGCCUCGCAGUUGACGACGAGUUCGACAGCCGUCCUGCCCUCUGGUCGGCUGUGACCCAGCGCGUCAAGCUCCCCGCGUGGCCCUCUCG